AUGGCUCUCAUCUUUGGGGAAAUUCCAGAGAAACUUGUCUUGAUCCUUCGUGAUGGUCGUAAAUUGAUCGGAGUUCUACGGACCUGGGACCAGUUUGCAAAUCUUGUUCUUCAAGACACUGUAGAACGAGUCUAUGCUGGAAAUGUAUACGGAGAAGUCAGUCGGGGAGUGUUUCUUGUUCGCGGGGAGAAUGUCAUGCUCCUUGGAGAGAUAGAUCUUGACCGAGAGGACAACAUUCCAGAGCCUUACCGCCAAGUAGAAUUCUCAGAGGUAGUGGAAUUGAAAAAGAAGGAAGAUGCAGAACGAAAACAGCAGGACAAACGCCACAGUGGAAAGCUCCAAUCUCUAGGGUUUGAGGCCGAACAUAGUGGAGAGGUUUUGUUUUGA